GGUAAGAGAGGAGGGGCACGCGCCCUCUUGUCCUAUCAUAGAAAGUACGUAACUGCAAACGAGUUUACGUAAAGACCACCCACAUUGCGUAAAUACUAACAACAAACAUGGCGGACGAUCACACAGACGCAGACCAAUCUAUGGAGGGGAACACGCCAAUUGCUGAAAACCCCCAUUCUGAAUAUGGACUGACAGAAAACAUCCAGAGAAUAGUGGAAAACGAGAAAGCCAACACAGAGAAGGUCUCCAAACAGAAGGUGGAUCUGCAAUCGCUCCCCACCAGGGCAUAUUUGGAUCAGACAGUGGUGCCCAUUCUUCUUCAAGGCUUAUCUGUGUUGGCCAAGGAAAGACCUACAAAUCCUAUUGAAUUCUUAGCAGCCUUCCUUCUCAAGAACAAAUCACAGUUUGAAAAUCGAAAUUAAGCCCCAGACGGAUGGAAAUGUGCACUUUGAGGCCAUAUGUUUAAAAUGAAGAAAAUUGUUGUUUCUGUCAAUGGUUAUGUUUGCUAAUGAUAGUGUAUGUUGUUUUUUAAACCAGAAUAAAGAUUGUGCUGCAGGGAAA